CCCAGCACGGCGCCGCCGCCGGCCCCCGCCCGCCCGCCCGCCCGCGGCCUCCGCUCGGGCUCGCUGCAGAGAUAAAGCACCUCGAAGUGAUGCUGAUGAGUCUCUUUCAGUUUACCACUAGAAGGUUGGUUUCCCAAGCAUACUGUGGACUUAAGAUUCCUUCUUCAAAGAAACAGCGUUUUUGCUUGGAAAUGGCUCGUCCCAGUUCAAAUAUGGCUGAUUUUCGAGAAGUGUUUGCCAAAGCAAAGCAUAUAGCCAUUAUUACGGGAGCUGGUGUUAGUGCUGAGAGCGGAGUUCCUACCUUCAGAGGGGCUGGAGGUUUCUGGAGAAAGUGGCAAGCACAGGAAUUGGCUACCCCAGAAGCUUUUGCCAGAAACCCUUCUCGUGUAUGGGAAUUUUAUCAUUACCGCCGGGAAGUGAUGUUGAGUAAACAUCCAAAUCCUGCACAUAUUGCUAUUGCAGAGUGUGAAAAACGACUGAGCAAACAAGGAAGGAGUGUUGUGGUCAUUACACAGAACAUUGAUGAACUACACAGAAAGGCAGGCACAAAGCACCUCUUAGAAAUUCACGGUAGUUUAUUUAAAACUCGAUGCACCAACUGUGGAAAUGUGACUGCAGAUUACAAGAGUCCCAUCUGUCCAGCUCUGGCUGGAAAAGGGGCUCCAGAUCCUGAAAUAGAAGAUGCUGCGAUUCCAGUUGAAGAACUUCCUCGGUGCGAGGAAGAUGGCUGCAAUGGCCUCCUUCGCCCCCAUGUCGUAUGGUUUGGUGAAACCCUGGAUGCUGACAUUCUCACAGAGGUUGAGAGAGAACUUGACAUAUGCGACCUCUGCUUGGUAGUUGGAACCUCCUCUGUGGUGUAUCCUGCUGCUAUGUUUGCCCCUCAGGUAUCUGCCAGAGGAGUGCCAGUUGCAGAAUUUAAUAUGGAGGCCACUCCUGCUACAAAUAGAUUCAGGUUUCACUUCCCGGGCCCCUGCGGGACCACUCUGCCGCCGGCGCUGGCCCGCCACGAGACGGAGCUCAUCUCCUGAGCACGGCGGAGCCCGGGAGCAGCGGAAGGCGGCUCGGCGGCACCGCGGCAGCCGCAGCCCGGCGGCGCCCAGCUCCCGCGCAGCACGGAGCGCUCGGGGACCGGCCCGGCGGCGCUGCCGCUCCCCGCCA